GUGUAUUAGGCUGGGGCAUGCAAAUAUCCUGGCCCAGGUGUUCCCCCCCCGUCUCCCCGCUCAGGUGCAAAUUCUUCAGCUUAAUUGAGACGCCUGAAGACUAUACCAUUAUGGUGGACGAGGAAGGCUUCAAAGACCUGCCUCCGUCCGAAUUCCUGCAGGUGGUCGAUUCGACGUGGUUGGUGCUCAACGUCUCGUCCAGCGGAAGCUCUUCGGCCACCGUUCAGCCCAUCGGAGUCACCAAAAUCGCCAAGUCGGUCAUUGGGCCCCUGGCGGAGCACAAUGUCUCGGUCCUGAUGCUCUCCACCUACCAGACUGACUUCAUCCUGGUGCGGGAGAGAGACCUGCCCGUCGUGAUUCACACCCUGGCCACAGAGUUCGAGAUUUACAAAGAGGUGAACGGGGAGACGGUCCCUGCCAACUGUGAAGAUGUGAGCAACGGGUUCCUCAAGCCGAAACCAAUGGGGAGUGCCACCGUCCACCCAGUGCAGAGCCCCCCAAACAGGUUCUGCAUCCUGAGCAUCGCCCCCGACACCUUGCCCGCCAUCGCCACCAUCCUCAUGGACGUCCUGUUCUACUCGCCCAGCCUUCCGAAGGAAACCACUCCAACUGGGCAAGACCUUGACUCCAUCACGUUCUUCGCCUUCUCGCUGAUUGAGGGGUACAUCUCCAUUGUCAUGGAUGCUGAGACCAAAAAGAAGUUCCCCAGCGACCUUCUGCUGACCAGCUCCUCGGGGGAGCUUUGGAGGAUGGUGAGGAUUGGUGGGCAGCCUCUGGGUUUUGAUGAAUGCGGGAUUGUGGCUCAAAUUGCCGAGCCCCUGGCUGACGCAGACAUAUCCGCCUAUUACAUCAGCACCUUCAACUUUGACCAUGCCUUGGUUCCGGAAGAAGGCAUCGAUCAUGUCACCGAAGUGCUCCAGAAACGGCAGGAGAGCGGGAGAUAGCUGCGGGAAUCGCUACUGGCCAGUUGGAGAAAAGCGACCUAGUGGAUCCUCUUGGCUCAUUAGUGCCCGGCACGAGCAUUCCUUGAACGAGGAGAGCACUCCGUACAUGAUUUGUUCUGGGGAGGGGGGCCUGGUGGUUUUUCCGUGUUUCUUGGCGAGCGGCCCAUUCUGCGUGGAGAAAAUGGCGCAGUCUCCGGCAGGAGGGACUUCUGUCCUUUGGCUCCCAGAAGGGAAGCCGGUGCCUUGUUUAGAUAUUUCCUGGAACCCAAUGGAGGGGGUGCUGUUGCCCAGGGCAAAUCUCAGUAUUAUCUAAAGUCUGGUCUGGCCUCCUGACCUCGUUCAGUCUUUUAAUCUAGAACCGAGGAGGGGGCGUCCCUGUUCACCGCAGCUUCUGCCCGGUGGAGAUUUUCAGUUUUUUUCUUUCUUUCUCUGCACAUUUCCUCAGCUGCUUGGGUUGGAAUUCCAAGCCUAGAACUUUUAGGGUUUUAGAAAAGGGUUCUUAAAGAUGUCCCCUUUGAUUUGCAGGUAGUAGCUCAUUGUGUUGGAGUUGCACAUCGUUCCCUAUACGCUGUGGGGGUUGUUUUGUUUCUUAUUGUUUCUUUUUUGUCUUUUUUGAAAAUGCACAACACUUAUGAUAGGAAACACUGGAACCAUUUCAGGGUGGGAGGCAUCGGAACAUUAGAUGUGAAGACGGUGUGAUCUGCCGUCUGCAUCCGUCAUCAUUUUUCUCGUGGAGCGGACCGCUUGCCCCACAGGACGGCCGCCGAGCCUUCUCACGUUCUAAUUCAUCGGCUUGCCUGUCGGGCAUGUGCCAUUCGGAGGGUGAAUACUUAUGGUUUUGAACUACAACUCCCAGAAGUGUGGGAGUUGUAGUUCAAAGCCAUCAAGCUGCCCUCCUGAGGUGCCAUCCAUUAACAGUAUUAAGAGGAUGCAUUGAUGGAGCGGAAACAUUUCUUGUCAGAUGUUCUAAGCUGCGUGGCCGGGGGAGAUCUGGGGCAGAAAAGGCUUCCCCCAUACACAGACACACCUUUUCAUCUUAUGUACACUUAAAAUGCCUCUGAGUGCCUUAUUGUGUUUGGCUAUUAAGCUUCAAAACGAUAUUAUGUAAGAUAAAGUUCUUUUUCCUGGUUUCUGUUGCGCUAAGGAAGAGAAACCAGCUUUGUGAGGUAGGUGCAUGAAGACAUUGGCCAACCUUCCCACCUGAUUUUUUUCCCCUAUACUGGUGGGGUGGAUGAUAGUUUUUUGAGGCCGUGUCUUCCCAGAUCUCCUCAGCGGUGCGGUUAAAAGGGGCCCUUGAUGGAAAAAAAAAUAAACAUCUAAAGAAGUUCUCUGGAGCAAUGAAAGAUCAGUGGAAAAGUUGGGUGAGGUCCUAUCUGAUGAAUGAAUGAUAAUAAAUGAAUAAGUCAAUAAAUAAGUAAGUAAACCAGCCAGUACUAUGUAGACAGAAGCCGUAGGUUUUCUGGAGCUUUAUAAAGGCCACCUGAGGCCUCCAGACGUUGGUGGACUACAACUCCCAUGAUCUGCCACCAGGCUGUCUGGAGUGGGGCUGAUAGGAGCUGUGGUCUCAGAACGCCUGGAAAGCCACAAGCCUUGGAUCCGUUGGAUUCACUCAUUGGUUCUUUCUUGAUCAGGGAUCCCAAAUCUCCCGGCUUCUGUUUUGAGCACCUCUGAGGGUUGUCUGCUGCUAAACCUGCGCCUUGAUUAGAACGAGGGGUCGGGAGAGCGACUCUUGUCAUUUGGGCCCUCUGGGGGCCUGGGGUGUCUCCCCCCCCCAGUUGUGAAGCAGUGUAAUGCCUCCUUUUUUUCCCUUCCUAAUCCAGGAAAAGUUUCGCUCAUUUUAAAAGCAAAUGUCUGGAUAUUUUCCAGAAUAGGUGCUUUGUUGUUCUUUUUUGUGAUAGCCAGGAUUAAGCGAUCAUUGCCCAGGGGUAGAGAAAUCACUGGCCAUCCAGAUGUCUUAGUGGCUUGUGGUAGAGGGGGGUGUGUGUGUGUGUGUCAUAAUCCAGAAUACCUGGAGAGGGACAAAAGUUACUACUCGGUAUGUGAUUUUUCUGAGCUGUGUCCGAGCCUGUUUGGGGAAGGAAAUCUCUGCUAAUCCUUGUCCAAGCCGUGUGCGACACCAGCUUCCCCAUCGCCUGUUACCUGCUCCUGGUUACUCUUCCUUGCUGACGUCCAGCAGUCUUACCUGUUACAGGUCAAGGGGAAAGCAGCGUGGUGGCCCAGACACCACCACAUCUCAGACAGCUGAAUGGUGGCACCAUCGUGUCAGAAGGACGGAGCUGCGUCAAGGGAAGAGCGGAUCCGUUCAGAGCCGGGAGGCUCGUUCCCUUUGCCCAGUGGGUGGAUUGGCCCAACCCUUACGACGGUAGAUCCUUUCAUCCACAAAUCAGUGUCUCUUCUAGCUUAAGCCAAAAAUAAUUGUUUCAUUCUCUUUAGCAGAGCUGGAAAUGAUUCUCAUUGCCUUUUCUUUCAUGGCGAACGUUCUACUCUUUGCCAAGUUUAGAGCAGGGAGGUUUCUGAAGGCGCUGAGCCAAUUUUGAGAGCGACCACACUCCCCAGCCAUAGGUGAUUGUCAUGAUGACCAUCUUUGGUAGAGAAAAGUGGGCAGAUAACAACCGUGGGAGAUCAGAAAUGCAAGGAUGGGAAUCGGAGCACCCCGUCAGGCAAAACACGGGAGUGGACCUGUUUUAUCAGACAGGGAGCAUCAUAAUGGGGCAACUUAUGGCUACCGAAAAAAACAUUUUUUGGGGGGGCUGCUUAUUCAAGUUCCCAUUUGGUGGUGAGCGCUCUGUUAAGCUUCUUCUCAAUACCUGAAUGUAAGCUUCUUUGGGCCCAGCUAGAAUUCAGAUUUCUUGAUAAAGUUCUUUCCCCCUCCCUGCGGUUUUUUUUUGAGGGGGGGGCGCACAGUUUUAAGGUUUGUCAAUAAAGGUCAUUU